AAGAAAAUCAUGGGAUAACAUGUGCUCUUUUUUUCUCUCUCACUUUUGUUUACGUUUGUGGGUCCCUCUUUUCCCCCUUAUUCUCUAUAGACCUAUCCGCAGGUGAUCCCGGAAAAUCCGUUUGAUCGCCGCUCACUUCCAACCGUGUUUGGGGGUUUACAUCAAUUUCCUUCCAGACAGCUUUCCACUCCCUGCAUGUGCCUGGUUGUAAAGUUUGCCUGCGCCAACGCCUUUACAAUGGCACAUGCAAGCACUACCCGACAACCUCUCACGCGCAUGUGUAUGGCGCGUUAACACCACAAGCUCCAACCCAAAACCAAAGGCUUGGGAACCCAAAACUGGGUGGGCCUAGAUUCGUUGGCAUUGAUCGACAUUUCUCUAGAGCCUAACAAUAAUUUAAGUCCCCCCCUCUCAGGCUCCCAAAACUCGCUCCUUGCCGUUUCCCCUUAGCCCUUUCCUUCUCUUCUCUGUCAAUGGAGAAUGCCUUGAACCAGACUAAUGUACCCAUAUUUCACGGAAAAGAAAGGAAAACCCACCAAAACGCUUUGAUGGGAAAUGCAUUGCAUGAACCUUUACCCAGCUUUCAAAGAAGCCGGGCAACUGGAAGGAAAAGGAGCUGCGAGUACUUGAAUGCUCAAAAGAAGGAUUAUUUGAGUGAAAAACAAGAAGGAGAAAAAGAAGAAGAAGAUGAUGAUGAUGAGAAGUCAGAAGUGAAGAGAAAGAUUGUGGCAUUGCAAAGGAUUGUUCCAGGAGGUGAGGCUUUAGGGGUUGACGAGUUAUUUGAAGAGACUGCUGGGUAUAUAUUAGCUUUGCAGUGUCAAAUUAAAACCAUGAGAGUUCUUUCAAGCUUUAUUGAAGGCUUGGAGAAACAGAAAACAAAGCUCGGAGGUUGAUUACAGACGUCAGACUAGUUGUUUCUCAAUUGUAUUUAUUUUAUAGUGAAGGAGAGCGCAAGAUCCCUCAUUAUAUUCCCAUAUUCCAUUCCACUGUCAUUUUCAUUUUCAUUUUGCCUUUUGAUUUUGGUUUAUUAUGUUAACUAUAUCUGAAUAGCUGGAUGAAUAGGAGGAGAAAUCUGUUUAGUGCUGGCAAGUGCAGAUAAAUCAGAAGUAUUGGUAAAUGCAAAGAAAUAUGUUAAUGGAUGAUUGAAGAAUGAAGAUAGAGUUCUAGAAUUAAUUAAUUUUACAACCUCAUCUGUUGGUAAUUGGCACGGUAUCUUUGAUCUUUGGUUGGCACAUUGAAGUGAACUACAUGACUAUGUUAUGAUGUGCUUUUAUUAGUUGGAGGGCGAGGGUAGGUUUGACGGAUCGGUCCGUCGUAUUUUAAGUAUUUAUAUUUAAAUUUUAUUAAUUUGUAUGAUAUUUAAAUCCAUUAAUUAUCUGAUUAAAUGAGAGUACAUUAUCUGACUUUACUCUAAUUAAAUAAACAUUAUCCAUUAAAUAUCCUAAUUUAUUAAAACAU